AUGGUUAGAUUUGUGGAAUCCGAUUCGACGGGCUUGCCCCUGAAGAGGAAACAGGUUGCUCAGGCAUGCGCUAGGUGUCGGCGACGGAAGAAGAGAUGUUUCCACAAUCAUGAUGAACAUCAUGCUGCCGACUCUCUCAAUUCAGCUACCAGGGACGAGGGUGUGACGGCCCGUAACUCAACUGACCGUCCAAGCUCCCCAAGUCCCCCGGAGCCCGAGCCUCUUCCUGAACGACCAGAACGACCAAGUUCUCAAAAUCAGGAGGGGCAUGCUUCUAGAUUCAUUGGUGACCUGAGUCCUGAAGCUAUCCUGAUGGAAGCUACAAGCCUUUGCUCGCACCGCGACGUAUCGGUGAGAGGCGGCUUGGGAAUAUGGCAACCUCGAGCAGCUGAUUCGACGAAGCCGACCAACCCCUUUAUUCUAACAUCCCCGUCGCGGCAGGCCGUUCAAGAUAUGCUCAAGGCAUAUGUGUGGAGCCAUUGUAUAGCUUGCUGUCCCCCGCCGUCGGAUUACGCCAUCCUUCGUCGGAUCUAUCUUGAGAAGCUAGACCCCAUUUUUCCUAUCCUCGGUAGCCGCCUGAUAGCUACUUCGCUCCAAGAUGAGAUAGAAGGGAAGGUCCUGCAGCAGAUCGUUAGUCUUGCGGCCGCCGCUGACCCGGAGGCUAGUCGCCACCUUCGCUUAAAUCCCGAGGGCCCACUCCUUUCCCGACAUGACUUCUGUGACUCGCUGUCUAACUCGAUACAGACGAUUAUCGAUGCUGGACUAAUCACAGAUCGAAUCUUUCUCGUUCGCAUUUUAUCGGCCUUGUCAUUGUACAUGCAACCUAGUUCCCCUGACGAAGCGGAUGUCCCUGCGCUCCUCAAUAGCCGCGCGGUUCACCAAAUGCACACGUUAGGGUUGCAGAUGGCCUCCGAAGAUAGCCAUGGAAGUAGCAAGGAUAGUCGCACCCUAUUCUGCUGUGUAUGGGCGCUAGAUCGUAUCAAUAGCGCCUUUUACGGUCGGGCUUGUUUGAUUCAUGAGCGGGAUAUUGGAUGGAAUUUGGAUGAGUGCAUUACGGCGCAGGCUCCCCCCUUCCGCCUAUUUCUGAUGCUCAUCGGGCUACUCGACAAGGUCAUCGGUCUGUACCGGCCCGGUAACCGGCAGGAGGACGAAUUCAUCGUCGAGCUGCCCAUUUUCGAGCAGAUGAUUCUUGAUGCUGGGGCAGCUCGAGUCUCAAGUUCAUGUUUAGCUUCGCUCGAAAUAUUUUACCAUUCGGUUGCCAUAUUGUCAAGCCAAUCACCUUCGGAGAACCGUUCGACAGCUCUGCCAGCUCCCGCGACGAAUAGUCGUAGGUCCCUAGCUGCCGAUCGGAUCACGUCUAUCGUCGGACAUGAAUUUCUCGGACAGCUGUCAUAUCUACCUAUAAUCCCUUACGGUGUUUCCCUGUCACUUAGCGUCUCGUACCGGAAGAUGCGCCACAGCAACGUUCCAAUGUUUAGAAGCAGGGGCAAGCAAGCCUUUAUGGCAAACACAUCGCUCUUAAAGUCUCUAGAUGAUACGUUCUGGACGGCAAAAGCCAUGGUCGCUAUGGCCGAACAGGUUCUCCAGGAAAUGGACAAGGCCGUCGCGUCGAUAACGCAAGAAACUGGUCUAGCAGAUACCUCUAAGAAGGCUGAGUCUACAUCGCGAGGAGACCAAGAAAUUGCGUCGUCGGGACCCGGUGAUUCUAUUGCUGAUUAUACCCUUCAAGGGAGUACUGAUGUGUCAAUCCUUGAAGCCAUUCCCGAUCUAGAUGUAUUCGGUCAUUUCGAUCCAACCUUCAACCUAGGCGCCGUAGAUGCUGUCCUCGAGGGAAAUCUAGACUUUGGCCCUUCUUCGAAUUGGUUUGAGUGGCAGCAACUACGGGGAUAA